AUGAAGCAGCGAUUCUCGUCCUUGGACGUCAAGGUGAUCGCACAUGAGCUCUCGUCGGCCCUGGUCAGCCUGCGCGUGUCCAACAUCUACGACCUUUCGUCACGAAUCUUCUUGUUCAAGUUCGCCAAACCAGAGCGUCGCGAACAGCUCAUCAUAGACUCUGGCUUCCGAUGCCACCUCACUACCUUUGCUAGAGCCACUGCCGCCGCUCCUUCGCCCUUCAUCACCCGUCUCCGCAAGUACCUUCGCACCCGACGAGUCACGUCGGUCUCCCAGAUCGGUACCGACCGCAUCAUCGACAUUCAGUUCUCCGACGGCCAAUACCAUCUUUUCCUCGAGUUCUACGCUGGCGGCAACAUCGUCCUUACCGACAACGAACUCAACAUCAUCGGUCUGCUCAGAAACGUCGAUGAGGGUGCCGAGCACGAGCGCUACCGUCUGGGUCUCCAGUACAACCUCGAGUUGCGCCAGAACUACGGAGGUGUCCCACCGUUGACCAAGGAUCGAGUCCGUGCUGGUCUGGAAAAGGCCAUUGAGCGCCAAUCCCAAGACCAGUCGACCAAGAAGAUCAAGAGGAAGCCUGGAGAUGCUCUGCGCAAGGCCCUUGCCGUCUCUAUCACAGAGUUUCCCCCUGUCGUCCUCGAUCACGUCUUCGAGGUUACUGGCUUCGACAAGACCGUCCAACCCUCCGAGGUCCUUGAAAAUGAAGAAACUCUUGACAAACUCAUGGCCGUCUUCGACGAGGCUUCCAAGGUUCUGGCCGACAUUACAUCCGCCGAAACAGUCACCGGCUACAUCGUAUCCAAGCGCAGCAAGAAGGCCGCUGCUGAUGCCAGUGGUGAUGGCCAGACGGAUGAGGACAAGUCCAAGGGUCUGAUGUACGACGACUUCCACCCUUUCAAGCCCAAGCAGCUCGAGAACAACCCCGAAAAUGUCUUCUUGGAGUUCACUGGCUUCAACAAGACAGUAGACGAGUUCUUCUCCUCCAUCGAAGGCCAAAAGCUUGAAUCCAAGUUGAGCGAAAGAGAAGAGACGGCCAAGAAGAGGCUCGAGUCGGCCCGUCAAGAACACGCUCGUCGCAUCGGUUCUCUCCAGCAGACACAAGAACUCAACGUCACCAAAGCUCAAGCUAUCGAGGCCAACUUGGAUCGUGUCGAGGAGGCUACUGCAGCUGUCAACGGUCUCAUUGCCCAAGGUAUGGAUUGGGUUGAGAUUGAACGUCUGAUCGAGAUGGAACAGAGUCGCAACAAUGCCGUCGCCGAAAUCAUCAAGCUCCCGCUCAAACUCGAGGAAAACACCGUCACCUUGCUCCUGUCCGAUUACUCGUACGAAGAGGAGGAAGAGAUGGGCGAUGUGACUGAGAGCGACAACUCGGAUAGUGAGGACGAGGACAAGAGGAAGUCAACGAAGGGCAACCAGAAGGAAGACAAACGUCUCACUGUCGACAUUGACCUCAGUUUGUCAGGUUGGUCGAAUGCGCGUCAAUAUUACGAUCAGAAGCGUGUGGCUGCCACAAAGCAGGAAAAGACCGAGCAGGCUUCUACCAAGGCGCUCAAGAGCACCGAACAAAGAAUUCAGGCAGAUUUGAAGAAGGGCUUGAAACAGGAGAAGGCAGUCCUUCGUCCUGUACGCAAGCAAUUGUGGUUCGAAAAGUUCAUUUACUUCAUCUCAUCUGAUGGCUACCUAGUCUUGGGAGGCAAAGACGCUCAGCAAAACGAGCUCUUGUACCGCCGCCACUUAAAGAAGGGCGAUAUCUACGUCCAUGCCGACCUCCAUGGUGCCUCUUCUGUCAUCAUCAAGAAUAACCCUGGACUCGCCGAAUUCGAGAUUCCUCCAUCAACUCUAUCACAAGCCGGAAACCUGUCGGUCUGCACAUCGAGUGCCUGGGACUCCAAGGCUGUCAUGUCCGCCUGGUGGGUAAACGCUGAUCAAGUGUCGAAGACUGCUCCCACCGGAGAGUAUUUGACUACUGGUGGUUUCAUGAUCCGCGGCAAGAAGAACUUUCUUCCUCCCGCUCAGCUUCUGCUUGGUUUUGCCGUCAUCUGGCAAAUCAGCGAGCAGAGCAAGGCCAAACAUGUCAAGCACAGAUUGCAGAACGACGACGUCCGUGGCAUGACUCAGGAAGCAAACUCCAAGGCUGCUGCCAACGACGAAUCUGACGAUGACUUCCCCGACGCUGGAAAGGAUGAUGCUAGCGAUGAUGAUUUCCCUGAUGUCAAGGACGAGGGCAAGACCGACGAGUCUGAUGAUGGUCUCCCCGAUGCACAAAACGACCAUGCUUCUGUUGCUAGCGAGGGAGCUAGGACGCCCGAGGAGCGCUCAAAUCCCCUGCAACCAAAGGGAGCUCAGCAAUCCCGACAACAAGAUGAAGACGAGGACUCGAGUGCUUCGGAAUCCGAGGUUGAAGAGGAGACAGCUGAGAAGGAUGAAGACUCCAAGCCAGAAGCUUCAGAGCCUUCGUUACCACAGGCAUCAGGCAAGAAGGCUGGUAGCAAGGGCAAGGCUGACAACUCCAAGAACACCCCCAACCAGCCAAAGCAAAACAAGCCCGUUCGCGGUAAGCGUGGCAAGGCCAAGAAGGCCGCCCAAAAAUACGCCGACCAAGACGAAGAAGACCGCCGUCUCGCAAUGGAAAUCCUAGGCUCAAAGGCCGCCGAAGAGAAGCGCGAAGCUGAAGAGGAAGAGAAAGCCAAAAAGGCCGAGAGCGCCGAAGCAGCCAAAGAACGCCGCCGCGCUCAACACGAAAAGGCACAGCGUGAGGGCCUUGAAGCUGAAGAGAUACGCCGCUUGAACUUGGAAGAGGGCAUAGAGGCCCUUGACGAGGAAGAAAGUAGUGCGGUCACUCAGCUUGACGCGUAUGUGGGUACACCUCUCGCUGGCGAUGAACUUCUCGAGGCUAUCCCUGUUUGUGCACCUUGGGCCGCUUUGGCAAAGUACAAGUACAAGGUCAAGUUGCAACCUGGUGCACAAAAGAAGGGCAGAGCGAUACGCGAGAUCAUGGACAGUUGGUCCAAAGCUGGCACCGUCAGUAAAUGGGUUGAUCAGUCCAUGACUGAUACCGAACGCAUUUGGCCCAGAGAACUUGAGCUUAUCAAGAACUGGAAGGAUGUGGAGGUCAUUGGCGUGUUGCCUGUUAGUAAAGUUAGAGUCAUGAUGAGUGGAGGUGCACAUGGUAGUGGUGGUAGUGGUGGCCAGAAAGGCAAGGGUAAAGGUAGAGGAGGCAAGGGCUCCAAGAAGUCUCGUUGA